AUGGCCGCCAAGCAGGUGAUCCUGCAGAAGAUCCGCGACGCCGAGCGCGAGAUGCUGCUCAACGAUUUCAUGUCGCGCGGCGACAAGAUCUUCGUGGGCACUGUCAAGCGCAUGGACAAGGGCGACCUCAUCGUCGAGAGCGGCCGGGUUGAAGGCCGCCUCAAGCGCGGCGAGAUGAUCCCGAAAGAGAACUUCCGCACCGGCGACCGCGUGCGCGCCAUGAUCAUGGACGUGGACCUGACGCUGCGCGGCCUGCUGGAGAUCAAGACCUGCGCCCGCGACCCGGGUUCGCGCGCCAAGAUCGCCGUGCACACCAACGACCGCCGCAUCGACCCGAUCGGCACCUGUGUCGGUGUGCGCGGUUCGCGCGUCAACGGUGUGACCAACGAACUCGCUGGCGAGCGCGUGGACAUCGUGCUGUGGUCGGAAGACCCGGCGCAGUUCGUCAUCGGCGCGCUGGCCCCGGCCAACGUGGUCUCCAUCGUGGUGGACGAAGAGCGCCACGCCAUGGACGUGGUGGUGGACGAGGAAAACCUCGCCAUCGCCAUCGGUCGUGGUGGUCAGAACGUGCGCCUGGCGUCCGAGCUGACCGGCUGGCGCAUCAACAUCAUGACGGCCGACGAGUCGGCCCAGAAGCAGGCCGAAGAGGCCGACGGCAUCCGCAAGAUCUUCAUGGCCAAGCUCGACGUGGACCAGGAGAUUGCCGACAUCCUGAUCGAAGAAGGCUUCACCAGCCUCGAAGAAGUGGCCUAUGUGCCGCUGCAGGAAAUGCUGGAGAUCGAGUCUUUUGACGAAGACACGGUCAAUGAGCUGCGCACCCGCGCCAAGGAUGCCUUGCUGACCAUGGAAAUCGCUCGCGAAGAGAGCGUCGAAGAAGUUUCGCAGGACUUGCGCGACCUCGAAGGCGUGACCCCCGAGCUGAUCGCCAAGUUGGCCGACGGCGGCAUCCACACCCGCGACGAGCUGGCCGAUCUGGCCACCGACGAGCUCACCGACAUCACCGCACAGACGCCUGAAGAGGCCACCGCGCUGAUCAUGCUGGCACGCGCUCACUGCCACGGCACAGCCGGCGGUGAGCGCAAGAAGAUCACCCUGGUGAAGAAAUCGACCUCCGAGAUCAAGCAGGCCGACUCCACUGGCCGUGCCCGCACGAUCCAGGUGGAAGUGCGCAAGAAGCGCACCUUCAUCAAGCGCGACGACGAGGUGGCCGUGCCCGAAGUGGUUGAAGAGCCGGUUGCUGCGGCGCCGGUGAUCGAUACCGAAGAGCUGGCCCGCCGCGAGGAAGACGCGCGCCGCCAGGCCGAGCUGCUGCGCCGCCAGGAAGAAGAAUUCAACGAGAAGCGCCAGGCCCGCGAGGCCGAAGAAGCCCGCCAG